GAAAGCCUUCAGCGGAGGCCCGUGGGCAGCUGUGGACACACACACACCCACUCUCACAUGAAUGCCGAGGCAACCUCAGCAUAUAACAGAGCCCUUCUGACCCUGCAACCCUGACCUUGUAGGAGUCCUAGCUGAGGCUGCAGGAGCCAAGGCCCACUUUGAACAGAGCGUCUCCUCCACUUUCUUGUUCUCCCAUCCUGAUUCUUGCCAUCAGACGCAGGGUGCUGUCUUUUCGCCGCACAAUGGCUUGCUCGCGGACCUGUGCCCGCUUCCUAGGGCUGAGCCUCGGGACUUCAUCCCUGUUUGCUGCUGGGGCCAACAUCGCCCUCCUCUUCCCUAACUGGGACGUGACCUAUCUGACGAGGGGCCUCAUUGGCAAGCAUGCCCUGCUGGGCUCUGGGCUCUGGGGAGGAGGCCUCAUGGUGCUCCUGGCUGCGACUCUCAUCUCCCUGACGGGCUUCCUCAGUAAGAGCGCACCCUGUCUGCACUUUCUCACUGCUCUGUUGUCAAGUGGCCUGGCUCUGCUUGGGGCCCUGAUUUGCUUUGUCACUUCUGGAGUAGCCUUGAAAGAUGGUCCCUUUUGUAUGUUCGAUGUGACAUUCUUCAAUCAGACACAAGCUUGGAAAUUCGGCUAUCCCUUCAAAGAUCUGCCCAACAGGAAUUAUUUGUAUGAGCGCACACUCUGGACCUCUGUCUGCCUGGAGCCCUCUAAGGCUGUGGUUUGGCAUGUGGCCUUCUUCUCCACCCUCCUGUGCAUCAGCCUCCUCCAGCUUCUCCUGGUGGCUAUCCAAGUCAUCAAUAGCAUCCUCGGCCUGUUCUGCAGCUUCUGGGAGAAGUGCUAGCAGGGAAGAAGGAACCUUUGACCUAUAAAACACCCUAAAGGCGUCCUUCAUCAGAAAAAGAGAGAAACCUUUUGUUUAUGCACAAGAUGAUGCUACAGAGUGGAGAUGUGGGGUCAGGGUAACCUGACCUUCCCUGAGCCAUUUCAAAAGAAAGAAGGAGCAAUGAGAUGGCUCACUGGACAAUGCCUGCUGCUAAACCUAAGACCUGGGGUUUAAUCCCCAGAACCACGUGGUGGGAGGAAAGAAGAGACUCACAGACUCUUAUAUAUUGUCCUCUGACCUGUACACAUGUGUACACACACACACAAAUACAAACACCACGGUACAUGCACAGCUCCUACCUCCAGACACAAAUAAAUGAGUCUAAUAAUUUAAUUUUGUUUUAUUUUAUUUGUGUAUAUGGGCAUUUUGCCUGUAUGUAUGUCUGUGUGACUGCAUGCAUCUACGUCGGGCAGAAAAGUCGGCGAGAUUCCUUGAAACUGGACUCACAGAUGGUUGUGAUGACCAUGUGGGUGCUGGGAACUGAAACCUGGCUUCUCCGGAAGAAUCAGCUGUGCUCUUAAUCACUAAGCCAUCAAUCCACUCCCCCCGCACCCCCAAUUGUUAAAAGGAUGAAGAGGAGAAGGAAGAAGGGGAAGAUGGGGAGAGGGAGACCCAGACCUCAGUUGAUACAUUAGAACAAAGGAAAGAUCACUUAAGAACCCAGCAAGGGGUCUACCAUCUGCAAGUCAAAGACACAGGCCUCCAUAGACACUAAAUUUGCUGUUGCCUUGCUCUUCAAUUUCUAGUUUACUGAACUGUGAGAAAAUACGAACGUGGUAGGUCAUGCUUAUAACACCAGCACUCAGGGACCUGAGGCAGGAGAAUCACGAAUUAAGGCCAGUCUUGGCUAACUAGAGAGACCUCAGCAAACAGCAACAACCACGGGCUUCUGCUGAUUAGUCCGCCCUGACGGAGGAAAUGUGUUGGACUGGCUCUAGCAGACUAGUCUUCCGGGGUUCUUCCCAGUAGCAUGCACUGUAGUUCAACAAGCAGUGGAUUCUGAGGAGCCAUCACAGGCCGGCAUCGCGGCACUGCCCUGCCCUUCACACUGAUGGUCCGGUUACCACAAUUCGGACACCACGUGGAAAGAACUAUUUAGCGUUUGACACAGGUGCCAUAGAGCUGAGAGGAGCAGUGAACUUCGGAGCAAGGCUGAGGAGGGCUUUGGUUGCGUCUGAGCUGAUGAUAGUCUGAAGAGUUAGUCCAACGGAGAAGUGUGGCAGUUGUUGUAGUUGUUGGGCUCCGGAAGCAGGCAUCUCUGUGGCUAGCCCCAAGGGACCUGACAAACUGGAUAUCAGGCAUCUGUGAAGCCAUCAACAGACCAUCUGAAACCACCUGCACAAGCUCUGGGUCACCUUGUAAGAGAAAUCCCACCACCUCCAAUCUUCUCCUCUCUUGCCCUACCCAGAGGGGGUCUCUGUGACCCCUUCCCCCUUCCUUUAAUAAACCUCCCAUGCAGACCCA